CUCUAAAUCCCGGCAUGCAUUUGGCGGAAAACAUAGAGCUAUGACAUUGCAGUGUUAAAAGGGUUCUGACUAACUGACUGACAAGGGCGGAGUCGCCGCAGAGGCCUAGUCGGCGAAGAUCCGCCCGGCGGUGGAGUUGUGCUCUCUGUCUGUCUCUGUCAGCGAAGAGGAUGGAAGAGGCUUCGGCCUGGCGCCGGGCCCCGGGGAGCGGCCUGAGGGGGCGGCUGAGGGACAAAGACGGUGGCGGCACGGCGGGGCUGCACGGCAACAUGGCCGCCGUCACGCCCGAUCUCUUCGAGGAGCCGUUUGUGGCAGAUGAAUACAUUGAACGCCUGGCAUGGAGGACUCCUGGUGGGGGUUCGCGCGGAGGCAUGGAAGCCUUUGAUCCCAAAAGAUUGCAAGAAGAAUUUGUAAAUCACAUAAACGAGCUGAAGUUACUAGAUGAACGAAUACAGAGAAGAGUGGAAAAGUUAGAGCAACAAGUCCAGAAGGAAGCCAAAGAAUUUGCCAAGAAGGUUCAGGAGCUUCAGAAAAGCAAUCAGGUUGCCUUCCAGCACUUCCAAGAACUUGAUGAGCAUGUCAGCUACGUGGCCACUAAAGUCUGUCACCUUGGCGACUUGCUGGAGGGGGUAAACACGCCGAGACAGAGGCUGGUGGAGGCUCACAAACUGAUGAAGUACUUUAAUGAGUUUCUGGAUGGAGAGCUGAAGUCUGACGUUUUCACCAACUCUGAAAAGAUCGAAGAGGCUGCUGAUAUUAUCCAGAAGCUGCAUCUGAUAGCACAAGAAUUACCUUUUGACAGAUUCUCUGAAGUAAAAUCCAAAAUAGCAAGUAAAUACCACGAUUUAGAGUGCCAAUUGAUCCAGGAGUUUACCAGUGCACAAAGAAGGGGUCAGAUCUACAGGAUGAGAGAAGUAGCCGCAGUCUUGCUUCACUUUAAGGGCUAUUCCCACUGUGUCGAUGUGUACAUAAAACAGUGUCAAGAGGGUGCCUACUUGCGAGGCGACAUAUUUGAAGAUACAGCAAUUCUCUGCCAGAAUGUGAAUAAGCAGGUUGGCGAUAUAUUUAGCAGCCCAGAGACAGUCAUGGCCAAACUCAUCCAGAAUAUCUUCGAAAUCAGACUUCAGAGUUAUAUAAAAGACCAGCUGGAAGAACAUAAGAAGUCAGAUGCGGAACAGUAUCUUCAAAGCCUUUAUGAAUUGUACACAAGGACUACUAAUCUGUCAAGCAAAUUGAUGGAGUUUAACUUGGGCACUGAUAAGCAGACUUUCUUGUCUAAGCUUAUCAAAUCCAUCUUCGCUUCCUACUUGGAGAAUUACAUUGAGGUGGAAAUUGGUUAUUUGAGAAGCAGGAGCUCCAUGAUUUUGCAGCGCUAUUAUGACUCAAAAAACCACCAGAAGAGAGCCAUUGGAAGUGGAGGCAUUCAAGAUCUCAAAGAGAGAAUACGGCAACGGACAAACUUGCCACUAGGCCCAAGUAUUGAUACCCAUGGAGAAACGUUCCUGUCCCAAGAUGUAGUGGUGAAUCUCUUACAAGAAACCAAGCAGGCUUUUGAAAGGUGUCACAGGCUUUCUGAUCCUUCAGAUUUGCCGAAGAAUGCCUUCAGAAUUUUCUCUUUGCUUGUGGAAUUCUUAUGUAUUGAGCACAUUGAUUAUGCUCUGGAAACUGGACUGGCUGGUAUUCCUUCUUCAGAUGCCAAGAAUGCAAAUCUUUAUUUCCUGGAUGUUGUGAACCAAGCUAAUACAAUUUUCCAUCUUUUUGACAAGCAGUUCAAUGACCAUCUGAUGCCAUUGGUUAGCUCUUCCCCUAAGCUCUCUGAAUGCCUUCAGAAGAAAAAGGAUAUCACAGAACAAAUGGAGGUCAAACUGGACAUGGGCAUCGACAGGACGCUGAAUUGCAUGAUUGGGCAGAUGAAGCACAUCUUGGCGGCAGAACAAAAGAAGACUGAUUUCAAACCAGAAGAUGAGAACAAUGUUCUGAUUCAGUACACUAAUGCUUGUGCCAAAGUCUGUGCCUAUGUCCGAAAGCAAGUGGAAAAGAUCCGGAAUUCCAUGGACGGCAAGAACGUGGACAGUGUGUUGAUGGAGUUUGGGGUCCGUUUCCAUCGGCUCAUCUAUGAGCAUCUUCAGCAAUAUUCGUACAGCUGCAUGGGAGGGAUGCUGGCCAUCUGCGAUGUGGCUGAAUACAGGAAGUGUGCCAAAGAGUUCAAGAUCGCAUUGGUGCUGCAGCUCUUUGACACACUCCAUUCCCUCUGCAACCUCCUUGUCGUAGCUCCAGAUAACUUGAAGCAGGUCUGCUCAGGAGAGCAGCUGGCCAUUCUGGACAAGAACAUCCUCCAUUCCUUUGUACAGCUCCGCCUGGACUACCGAUCCACUCGUCUGGGCCGCCACUUCAGCUGAGUGGCAGUACCAGAAGCAAGAGCCAUGCUUUUGCUGGGACUCAACUCACUAGAUGUCACGGUCAUGGCUGCUUUUUGAGGGGGAAAUGAAAUGGAGGUGAGGAGUACUCCGAAACUGAGUUUGUCCUCUUUUUAACUGCCUUGUGACAUAAACAGUCUGCAGAGACUGAGCAAAAUGGCUUCCAGUUGCUGGUUUGUGAUAAGGUGGCAAAUAAUAUGCGGAAACUUUUGUUUGGAAUGGAAAAGAAAUGAAAUUCCCAGCACUUAUCCAAAUGGAAAGACUUGGACAUCUUCGUGGAAACAAAAUGAAUUCUUGUACUACCAUAUUUUCACUCUUAUGCCACAUACUAACAUUGUACAGUUAUGGAAGUAGGGGUCCAGGGAAACAACACCCUCUCAUUGAUAUUCCUUAAAUGGUUUUGUGUGGUUUCACAAUGGAAUCCACCACAUGUAAAAAAAAUUGCUUGGGAUCUGUUUUGAAUGAGGUUGCAAUAUAUUGGGGAGGUUAAUGUUCAUGGCUUGGCCACAUUUGGAGAGCUGUAAUUUGCUCAUCUUGGUUGUUGAAGCAAACAAUUCUCUUCCUAUUAGUUUCUGUUCACUUGAAAUAAUUGAGGUUUUCCCACUCCUGUAUCUUAUUUGGGAUAUUGAAGGUUUUUGUUGCCUUAUGCUUCUCAACCUGUAUUUAGUGGAGCUUCUUAUGCCCCCUCCACACUGCCCUAUAAUGCAGUUUCAAACUGCUCAGUGCAGACUCAUAUAAUGCAGUUUAACAGUAUUGUAUUGCAUUAUAUGAGUCUACACCAGGCAUGGACAAACUUCGGCCCACCAGGUGUUUUGGACUUCAACUCCCACAUUUCCUACUGGCUGUUAGGAAUUGUGGAGAAAAGUCCAAAACACCUGGAGGGCCGAAGUUUGCCCAGGCCUGCUCUACAUAGUUUCAAACUGGGUUAUAUGGCAUUGUAGAUGAAGCCUUAGUGUUUCCUUUUGUUUGGGGGGGGGGGGGGGGUUAAGGCUGUUUAAAGUAUUGCCCAGCAGAUUGUUCAUCACGAGCAUUCACUUUAAAAAAUAUUUUGGGAUUUAAGGGAAUGUAUAUGACAGGGAAUGAAUAUGUGGCUUUAUUUCUUUCCUGAUGCAUUUUGUUUCUUUUUGCCCCCUCCAUUUGCCAUUGAGGGCUCGUUCCUUGCAGCCUCCUUUUCCUUGCAGUUUUCUUUCCCUCUGUGCUCCUACCUGACAAAUAGAUGGUGAUGGGGCUUGGUGUCCUGUAAGCAUGCGGAGCAGGCGAUAACAGGCACGGUUUCUCCUUUUUGUGUGUGUCCCUGGCAGAGUCCUUGUGCCUUUGACAGCUGCAUCACGGGCAGAAAUUCAACAGCCAAGCCUUUUCCAGACACGGAGACACAGCGGUGGGGCUGGGGGAAGCGUCUCAAUACCCAUUUAGUGCUUGAUAUAUGAGCAUUAAAAGAGAUGUGACAUUAAGAAGUUAGCUGCAGCAGACGGCAGAGUAGGGCUCCUGUUCCUGAAGUUGGUAACACUGCCUUUUUUUAAAAGGAAAAAAAAACCCCACUGUCUUGUCUAAUGUCUGAAGGCUUUGGAGGUCAGAGCAAGAGUGUUUCUGAGCAGAAACUAUUUUGUUGGCUUUGUAUUGCACGCAGUUCAAGACAGAAGCCUGUUCUGUUUUUAAAAAGGCCUGAAAUUGAGCAAAGUUCACGUUUCUUGGUCACUGCAUUAUUGUAAUAGGAGCUGCCCCAAGCAACUGUCACUUUUCUCGAGAGUUGUCAAAAGGGAACUGAACUUGCAGUCCUUUCAGAUUGUGGGUCAGGGUAACAUCUGUAUAGUAUCUCCUUUCAUUUUUAAAAUGGUUCAAUGGCAUUAAACUAAUAAACCUGA